UGAGAAGUUCGUAAAAGGGGAAGGAAGUUGGAUAUUUGGUGGACUCAUUCACCUUUCGUCUUCCUCACCUCAUCAAAAAGAUCCAAACACAAAACUCGAUAGACAGAAAGAGAGAGAGGAAGAGCUACUUACUAUUCUGUAAUUGAUUCCUCCCGAUUCUCUCUCUCAUAUUCCCCUUUCUCUGUGUUACAAGCAACCUCUGAUUCCACUUUUUUCUCUCUCUCUUUUUUUUUCCGCUGCAGAUUCGAACUGUUUCAGAUCUGAACGAUUUGUCUUAAAAGUUUAGUCUUUUGGGGAUCAGGAUUAGUAAUCGGAGCUGGGUUUUGGUCUGUUUGAGAGAGAAAGUCAACGGAUAUGCCGGAGGAGGAGUCGGUGGAUAUCAAAUUCAGGCUCUACGAUGGCUCCGACAUCGGACCCUUCCACUAUUCAUCUUCAUCUACCGUCGACUUUUUGAAGCAAAGGGUCGUCUCUGAUUGGCCCAAAGGCAAAACAGUUGUUCCGAAAGGGAUAAACGAAGUGAAGUUGAUUAGUUCGGGUAAGAUCUUGGAGAAUAACAAGACCGUUGGUCAGUGUAAGACACCUUUUGGAGAGGUUACUGGUGGUGUCACUGUGAUGCAUGUUGUUGUACAGCCUUCUCUCGCCAAAACUAAAACAGAGAAAAAGGUCGAUAAAGCACCCAAGGCGGUUAUAUGCACAUGCACCAUUUUGUGAAAGGAGCAAGACAUGUAUCAUACAUACCAUUCUCAAUUCUUCAAGUACAGAAGAAAACAAAAGAAAAACAAAAAGAAAGGUGAAAAGUAAAGUAUAGCUUCCCUAUAAGCUGUGGAGUAUCAUCAUAACCUCGCAAUGCAAGCUUUGAAAUCUGUAGAAAAUGAUUUAGAUUCUUUUGAAGUACCCAUCAUCUGUUGUUCCUUGUUUGUUUUUGUUCACACUAUCUGGUAUACAUUCAUUCGUGUCGUACUGUAAUAAACGGAAGUUGUAUAGGUUACUUUAGCUCUAAAUGUUAUUAUGUGUGAUGAAGAUGAUUAUGUAUCUAUGAAAGAAAAAGAAGUUGUGUCUU